GACCACACGUUGCCGCUGGUGAAUGAGCCCCCCCUCCCCUCCCCUCCAUUAUGGCGGAAGGGCAAGCCGUGCGGAUGGGCCGUCUCUCCCUCUCCGAUGCUUGUUUCAUGUCUUGAGGGAGGGGUUUUAUUUUUGUUUUUCAAAAUCUCUCCGCGACGGCCCCGUUUCUUGUCACAUAGACUGUUCUCGUGUUUUUCGGCCAAAUCAUGGCGGACCGCGGCGUGGAUUUGUCCGCCCUGCCGAAGGAGGUUCGAGACCAGUUGGCGGAGUUGGAUUUGGAGCUGUCUGAAGGUGACAUCACUCAGAAGGGCUAUGAAAAGAAGAGAGCCAAGCUGCUGGCCUCCUACAUCCCUCAGCUGCCAAAAGCGGACCUUUCUCUGCCAGAUGUACAGCCUUCCCCAAGCCACAGUGCCGACCCCAGCCCAAGUCCCGAGGCCCCGGGCCCCUCCACCUCUUCAGCCUCCAGACACCAUCGUGCACACCGCAGUGGAGGGGCCAGGGAUGAGCGCUACAGAUCAGACAUUCACACAGAAGCUGUUCAGGCAGCUCUGGCCAAACACAGAGAAGAGAAGAUGGCGCUGCCCAUGCCCACCAAGAGACGCUCAUACUUUGUCCACUCUCCCAUGGAUAACUGCACGCCUCCAGAUACAUCCUCUGCAUCAGAGGAUGAAGGCUCGCUGCGCAGAAAGGCAGCUCUCAGUGCCGUGCUUGCCCAGACCCUCCAGAGCCCCGAUUACUGGAUUAACCGCUCCGUCCAAAGCUCUUCCACGUCCUCGUCUGCUUCCUCCACCCUCUCCCAUGGAGAGUCCAAGACCCAGCCUCAGCCGCAGCCUCAGCCUGGUGUCUCUCUGCUGGCCGACGUCCUGGCUCACACACGUAUAGAAAACAGUGUCCCCCCAGAUGUGACGUCCUCCACUCCACAGGAGAGAGGAUCCAGAGUGGAUCUUCCUCCAGCAAUCAGGGGGAUGAGCCGCGGACAGAGCCGCUCCAGCAUGCUGGAUACAGCUGAUGGAAAAAGAAAAGGCGUGCCGGUCAGCAGCCGGGUGUCCACCAAGAUCCAGCAGCUGUUGAACACUCUCAAAAGGCCCAAACGGCCCCCUCUCUGCGAAUUCUUCCUCGAUGACUCAGAGGAAAUAGUAGAAGUUCCACAGCCAGAUCCUAACACCCCCAAACCUGAGGGACGUCAAAUUAUCCCUGUGAAGGGGGAGCCUCUGGGAGUGGUCAGCAACUGGCCUCCUGCUCUGCAGGCUUCCUUGGCCCGUUGGGGGGCCAGCCAAGCUAAGAGCCCUGCACUCACUGCCCUGGACAUCACUGGGAAGCCUCUCUACACACUCACAUACGGCAAACUAUGGAGCCGUAGCUUAAAACUGGCAUAUACUCUGCUCAAUAAACUGGGGACCAAGACUGAACCUGUCCUUCAACCUGGAGACAGAGUGGCAUUGGUUUAUCCAAACAGUGACCCUGGAAUGUUCUGGGUGGCUUUCUAUGGCUGCCUGUUAGCUGAAGUCAUUCCUGUCCCCAUUGAGGUACCUCUGUCACGUCAGGACGCAGGCAGCCAGCAGAUCGGCUUCCUGUUGGGCAGCUGUGGUGUGAGUUUGGCGCUGACCAGUGAGGUGUGCCUAAAAGGGCUGCCCAAGACACCAAAUGGGGAGAUUGUCCAGUUCAAAGGAUGGCCAAGGAUGAGAUGGGUUGUUACAGACACAAAGUACCUGACCAAACCAUCCAAAGACUGGCAACCUCACAUUCCCACUGCCAACACUGACACAGCCUACAUAGAGUAUAAAGCGAGUAAGGAGGGAACAGUGAUGGGAGUUGCCGUCUCCAAGAUUGCCAUGUUGACGCACUGCCAAGCCCUCACCCAGGCCUGUAACUACAGUGAAGGGGAGACCCUGGUCAACGUGUUAGACUGCAAAAAGGACAUGGGUCUGUGGCAUGGCGUCUUAACGAGUGUUAUGAACAGAAUUCACACCGUCACCGUGCCGUAUGCUGUCAUGAAAGCCUGCCCCAUGUCCUGGGUGCAGAGGGUUCACAUCCACAAAGCGCGUGUGGCUUUGGUGAAGUGCAGAGAUCUUCACUGGGCCAUGAUGGCCCACAAGGAUCAGAAGGACAUCAACUUGUCUUCUAUACGAAUGCUGGUAGUUGCUGAUGGAGCAAACCCAUGGUCUGUGUCGUCGUGCGACGCCUUCCUGAAUGUGUUUCAGUCUCAUGGUCUGAGGCCUGAGUCCAUCUGUCCAUGUGCCACCUCACCGGAGGCCCUGACUGUGGCCAUACGCAGACCUGGUGCACGGGGAGCUCCGCUCCCAGCCAGAGCCAUCCUAUCCAUGGCUGGGCUUAGCCAUGGCGUCAUCAGAGUCAACACAGAGGACAAGAACUCUGCUUUAACUGUCCAGGAUGUUGGCCACAUUAUGCCUGGAGCUCUGAUGUGCAUUGUUAAACCAGACGGGCCGCCACAACUGUGCAAAACUGAUGAGAUUGGAGAGAUAGUGAUCAACUCUCGUGCUGGAGGAACAAUGUACUACGGCCUUCCUGGUGUCACAAAGAACACAUUUGAGGUUAUUCCAGUCAACCAAGCUGGAGCACCUAUUGGAGAAAUCCCCUUUGCUCGGACCGGUUUACUUGGAUUUGUGGGUCCGGGGAGUCUUGUGUUUGUUGUUGGGAAGAUUGAAGGCCUCCUGAUGGUGAGCGGGCGACGCCAUAAUGCUGAUGACCUGGUAGCCACGGCGUUGGCAGUGGAGCCUGUCAAAACAGUUUACAGGGGGAGGAUCGCUGUAUUCUCAGUGACGGUGUUUUAUGAUGAGAGGAUAGUAGUUGUGGCAGAACAGAGACCUGAUGCCAGUGAGGAGGACAGCUUCCAGUGGAUGAGCCGAGUACUGCAGGCAAUCGACAGUAUCCACCAGGUUGGCCUUUACUGCCUCGCUCUUGUGCCAGCCAACACGCUCCCAAAGACACCAUUAGGAGGCAUCCACAUUUGUGAAACCAAGCAGAGUUUUCUGGAUGGAAACCUGCAUCCCUGCAACAUCCUCAUGUGCCCGCAUACGUGCGUAACAAACAUGCCCAAGCCACGACAGAAACAGCCAGUGGAUGUUGGUCCUGCCUCUAUGCUUGUUGGCAACCUGGUUGCAGGGAAGCGGAUUGCCCAGGCCACAGGCAGAGAGCUGGGUGUGGUGGACGAUCAAGACCUCAUUCGAAAGCACCAAUUCCUGUCAGAAUCUCUGCAGUGGAGAGCCCAAACUGACCCUGAGCAUGUUCUCUAUGUGCUGCUCAACUCCAAGGGUGUACCGGUGUGCACAGCAACAUGUGCACAGCUACACAAGAGAGCAGAGAAAAUCACUGCCACUCUAUAUGAAAAAGGGGGCCUCAACACAGGCGACAACGUGGUGCUGCUUUAUCCCCCAGGCAUUGACCUGAUUGCUGCCUUCUAUGGCUGCCUCUAUGCAGGGAUGAUCCCUGUGACAGUAAGGCCGCCUCACCCCCAGAACCUGGCUGCUACUCUCCCCACAGUCCGCAUGAUCAUUGAUGUGAGCAAAGCUGCCUGCAUCCUCACCACUCAGCCUCUCAUGAGGAUCCUCAGGUCCAGGGAGGCUGCAGCAAGCGUUAAUGUCAAAACAUGGCCAACUAUCAUCGACACAGAUGAUCUUCCCAGAAAGCGGCCUCCACAAAUCUACAAACCCCCUACAGCUGAGAUGCUGGCCUACCUGGACUUCAGUGUGUCCACCACCGGCAUGCUGACUGGAGUCAAGAUGUCUCAUGCAGCUGUCAGCACUCUUUGCCGCUCCAUUAAGCUGCAGUGUGAGCUUUACUCCUCCCGCCAAAUAGCCAUCUGCCUGGAUCCGUACUGCGGCCUGGGCUUUGUCCUUUGGUGCCUCUCCAGUGUUUACUCAGGUCACCAGUCUAUCCUUAUUCCUCCAAUGGAGCUGGAGACCUCGCUGCCUCUGUGGCUGACCACGCUCAGUCAGUACAAGAUCAGAGACACUUUCUGCUCCUACUCUGUCAUGGAGCUGUGCACCAAAGGCCUGGGAACGCAGACGGAGAUGCUGAAGGCGCGGGGUCUGAACCUGUCGUGUGUGCGGAGCUGUGUGGUCGUAGCUGAGGAGCGACCUCGUCUCGCCCUCUCUCAGUCCUUUUCCAAGCUCUUCAAAGAUCUUGGCCUGUCGCCUCGGGCCGUCAGCACCGCUUUUGGCUCUAGGGUGAAUCUGGCCAUCGGGUUACAGGGGACUUCUGGACCAGAUCCCUCCACUGUUUAUGUGGAUAUGAAGUCCCUGCGUCACGACAGGGUGAGACUUGUGGAAAAGGGAGCUCCACAGAGUCUUCCACUGAUGGAAUCUGGAACUAUUCUGCCAGGAGUCAGAGUCAUCAUAGUGAACCCAGAGACCAGGGGCCCACUGGGAGACUCCCAUCUUGGAGAGAUUUGGGUGAACUCUCCUCACAGCGCCAGCGGCUACUACACCAUUUAUGGAGAGGAGAGCCUGCAGGCGGAUCACUUCAACACCAAACUGAGCUUUGGGGAUCCGCAGACUCUCUGGGCCAGGACGGGAUACCUGGGCUUCAUCAAGAGAACUGAGCUGCUGGAUGCGAGUGGAGAUCGCCAUGAUGCCUUGUUUGUUGUGGGCUCUCUGGAUGAGACCUUGGAGUUGAGGGGGUUGCGUUAUCACCCCAUCGACAUUGAGACAUCUGUUUCCAGAGCCCACCGCAGCAUCGCAGAGAGUGCCGUGUUUACGUGGACCAACCUGCUGGUGGUGGUGGCGGAGCUCAGCGGCUCAGAGCAAGAGGCCUUAGAUCUGGUGCCGCUGGUCACUAACGUGGUCCUGGAGGAGCACCACCUCAUUGUGGGGGUGGUGGUCAUUGUCGACCCCGGGGUCAUCCCCAUCAACUCUAGAGGGGAGAAGCAGAGAAUGCAUCUGCGGGACUCCUUCCUAGCAGACCAACUUGACCCCAUCUAUGUGGCCUACAACAUGUGAACAACUUUCAGAGACUGAUGCAGAAAACUGAGCCAAGGUUGGAGAAGACCUGAGGGGCGUAAACCACGGCCGCCACCACGUCGGCUCUCAGAGACGUUCAAAAGAGAAAAGCGACGUGGGAAUGCAAGCACAGUGCCAGUGCUGUAACAAUGAAUGCUUCCCUUUUCAGAAACUAUUCCUGCUUUUGUUCCACCUGCUCGACUGCUGCAGCCCAGGUUCACCGGGAUUUCCAAGAACAAGGGUGAAAUCUUCUAUCCUCUUUCGAGGAAACGCAUCGUUCACUUUGAGGAAAUUUGAACUUCAUUUGCUCUCUGAAGCCCGUUUCUCCCUCUGCAUUCCUAAUCAUGUUUUUUAAGUAUUUUUAGUAUCUUGCUCCCAUCAAAGACGGAAGACUCGAUCAUUAAAUGUUUUUAAUUUUCAUUAUUUUGUCUUGUUUUUUUCAACAUCCAAACUUUUAAAGACAGGGGUGCACUGGAACUUUCUCCACCUUUUGCACGUCUGGCUUUGUGUCCUGCCUCCAAAGGAGAACCAACUGCUCACACCAGCUGCUGCUGCUUCCACUGGAAAAAAAUCCACAUCAGUAUUGAAAAAGAAGUGCCACCAGGGAGUCCCAUCCCGACUCUCUGACUUCCCACCAGGAGCACAGUGGCUCUGGCCUCCUCACCUGCUGUCAACCUGCAGACACAGCUUUGGCCUUCACUUGUCAAAAAAGUCCUAAAAAUACACUUAGAUUCCACCUCUAUGUUAAAAAAAAAAAAAGAAAAAAAAGAACGAAUUGG